AUGAUCUGCCUGUUUAUAGGAGGGCUACUGGGCUGGUCCUUCCUCCGAUUCUUCAACGCGAAGGACGUCAAAUACACUUCAUUUGCAACAAUCCUUACAGUGCACCUCGUACGGACCUUAGUUGUAAUUUGGAUGAAUGGCCGUGACUCAAACCAUAUUGAGUAUAAGACCGCGCCGAAAGACCCCCAUUGGCUGUUUGUUGGACCUCAAUUUCACGCACUACAUCAUGUCCAUCCCGAUCGCUACAUGAGCUCGGUGGUGAAGGUAUUUGAUUGGGUUGCAGGGACCGCGUAUUCCCUACGAAACAAGAAUAUUGCCAUAACAGGGGGCUCGGGGGCAUUUGGAUCUGCACUCCAAAAGCAGCUACGAGCUGAAGGGGUUAGAAACAUACACAUGUUGAAGUUUGGUACACACUGGACUCACCAUGACUUCAGCCAUGUUGGACCGGCCUUCGACAAGGCUGAUAUCCUUAUUUUGGCCCACGGCACCAAAGGCAAGGAUGCUAUGGAUUCGAAUUGCAACUCAGCGAUCCGUCUGGUUCAACUUUAUAUGGAUCGAAGAGUUCACCGAAAAGACUACAAGAACACAAUGCCAGAGAUCUGGUACAUAGGCAGCGAGGUUGAGCUGCAUCCUGCGUUUGGAGCUUCGGAUAUGCAACGGUAUUCUGCCUCGAAACGGGCCUUUUUACCCUACGCCCGGGCCCUGUACGACCAUCCAAAGAUAAUUUAUCGCCAUAUUGUACCUGCUGCCUUCAACUCACCGAUGGGAAAAGCUUUUGCUUCCCCGGAAUGGGCUGCAGGUGUUAUGAUGUGGUGGAUCCGUCGCGGAGCCUGUUACGUCCCAGUCACCUACACGGGAAUCGCAUACUUAAAUUUUGUGAAGUUUAUUGGUUUUGUCCGUCCAGACUUCGACAGGGUUGCAUGUAUCGACAAAGCGAAUUGA